AUGAACGAAGGAAAGGAUCCAGAGGUCCCGUUCCAGGUUAUAGCACAAUAUUCAUACGUUUCGGAAUACAAUGUGGAUUUGCAUUUUGAAAAGGAUCAAAUUAUAUCAGUAAUAUCAAUUGAAGAUAACCAGUGGUACUAUGGACACUUUGUGGACUCAGAAGGGCUCCAGAAUGAAGGAAUAUUUCCAAAGACUUUUGUGACUAUCUUAAAAGAAUGUCUGAAAUUCGGUGCUAAUGGUUCUACUGGGGGUUUCCCAUCAUUGGAUCCUGCAGCUCAAAUGCCUUUUAUGCGGUCAAGCGCGGUUUGUAAAACCCCAAAAGUCUCGGUUGGGAUCGAGAGGGGAAGCGCUGCAACGCUGGGGUCUCCAAGGGGUAAACGGUCACCUGUCGAGGAGCCUAGACAAUCUACGGAGCCGGUUCAAAAACAGAGGGGACCUGUUUUCCCGCUGCCAUCGGAGUUGAUGUCAAAAGCUUUGAGCUGCAAGCCUACUCCGGUGAAGAUUCCUAAGGGAUGUUCUGCGUCACCAAUUAAUCUAGGAUACAUUAAGAAUGAUUCAGGGAGCCCAACAAAUCAUGGAUCACCGCCAUUGAGUCUUCAAGAGCAACUUUCGCAACUGGAGGGCCAACAGAAACUCCAGCAUGAUGCUCAGAUUAACUUGCUAAAGAAAAAGAAGGCAGAGAAGGAAAACAGUGAGAGAAGUGAGAGGAAAAACUAUGAGUGGGGUUAUGAGAGUAGUAAAACGGAUAUUUCUGAUUCGGAUUAUUUUACUACCGAUGACAAUGACUUUUCUGGGGCUCAACAUGCCGCUGACAUACUACCUAGAAGUUCUACAGACAUUAAAGAAAAAACUCCAACGGAUUCGGGCGAUUACAGUAAUGCUAAUAUCAGUAUGAGCAUACCUGUUGAUUUUCCUAGUUUGACGGGAUUCGAAAGCAGGAAUAACAGACGUAGCGACGAGUCCCGUCGUGCUGCUUUAAAAAAAAGGAUUGCUAAGUUGUCAAAUACAGAGAAAUUUGGUGUUUCUCCAACUAUGAAUCGCUUUGGAAUACCAUCUGUGGGACUAUCUGAACCUCGCGUGAUUAAGGAUAAGUUUAAAGCAAACAGUUACACGAAGGAUGUACCAUCUCCGACUCCUUCUGUUGAGUCCAAAAUAGAGCACGCUGAAAAGCAGAGCAUAGCUUCACUAGAAGACAGUCAAGGAUCUCUUGAUAAUGAUGAAUUUUAUGUCUUGGAUCACUACCCUAACUCCGGAAUUGAUGAUUUAGAUAAAAAAAGUUUUGAAUCUGCAGAUGAGCUAACUGGUCUCAACCUAAACCCCAUGUCUACUCACACAAUGACAGAUUUAGGCGAUUGUCAUGAUGGAGGUUAUUUAGUGAACGACGUAUAUGUUGAUUCAGGAUUUAAAUCAUCUGAUACUAUGACUCCCGGUAUUGAAGCCAACGACGAAUUGUUUUCCAGUGAAUACAAGCCCAAAUCAGCUCCAAUGACUAGUGAUGAAUCUCCAAGCGACGAGUACUCCAUACCCGUCAAAUUAAUACCGAUAGCAGCGUCUUUAGGUAACAGUCGGAAAACAUCAAAUAAAUCUAGUUCUCUGGUUCGUACUGGCUAUGCUGAUCUUGAUUUCGAUUUAUCCAUGUCAUAUCAAGUACCCAAUGUGCAGAAUAAUAAAACACCUAUGACCCUAGCAAGCAAUAUGACAUUAAUUCCAUCUGCAUCAAUGAUCCCUAUUGAUACACCAAUGAUCAGAGGAAGCGCUGCUUAUCAAAGGUAUCCUAUAAACAAUUUAGGAAACGAUCCCAUUCCUUCUCGUCUUGCGUCCUCGAUUGCAGAAUCAAACGCUUCCACUGCAAAGAUGAAAAAAGAUGAUUCUGCAUCAAUUGAGCAAGUAUUGUUGAAGAAAGGUGCACCACCUCCACCUCCAUCAGCAACUACAACUUCUAAUCGUGAUGUCAGCGAGCAUCUUGGUGCAAGGAUGGGCAAAAACAAAAUUGGAUCAAUUCACUCUAAGCCCAAGAAGCUUAAUUAUUCAAAAUCCCUCCGGGACAUUACAGGUAAAAGUAUUAUUCAUUCUUUAACACCAGCAGAUCCUCAGAGGACCCUUGAACCACCUAGGACUUUUGAUGCUCCAAAACCUUUUGUGUCAUCAAAGGGACUAGAUCUAGGUUCAUCUAAGAUGGCCCCUCCCCCUCCUCCUCAAUUAGAUUCUGCAGACCCAUCCAAUGCAAGCAGUCCAGUGUUUAGUCCAACGAUAAGUCCGGAACUUCCAGAACCCACAUCUGCAGCAUCCUGUAUGCCAGAAUUCGUUUUCAAUAGGAAGGAUAGGUGGUGGCUAGACAAGAAAGCACCUACCAGCCUUGGAGUUUUGAUGGGUUCAUUUAUAUGGGAAUGUGAUGAAAAAAUCAUUGACAAGAGAGGCAAUGCGAAGUCAAUAUGUCGUGAUUUUUAUUUUUUGUUUGAUAACUACUCUCAGUUACAUGUAUGGGUACUUUUUGAUGAAAGGGACCCAGUAGGAACGGUGAAAUAUUGGAAAGAGUUAAAACAUUUUGAGCCAGAAAGGUUUCGAUUUGCACCGCUGACUGAUUUCAGUAGCAAAAUCCAUGAAAAAGCGUUAGAUUUGGUUGGCAAGUUCAGUAAAGGCUUUGUUAGAAAAAUAUACGCAGAGUUUCCAAAUUUAAUAGCUCCAAUUGGAAAUACCUAUGGUGUAACUGUAUUUGAAUAUACAGCAGGUGAUAAAAUAGAUGGCGAAACACUAAAAGCUGUAAAGGUUGGGGAUAUAUUAAUUAUAACAUGCGGUCAGUUUGUUACCCAUUCUAGAUUAUUGCAUAGGAACAUUAUAGAGUUUACUCCAAAUAAACCACAUGUUAGCAUUAUAAGCUCGUAUGACUGUAAUAGAAAGAAGAUACGGGUUAUUGAAAGUGAAGGUGAUAAGGUGAAGCAGGGCAGUUACCGGUUAGCUGAAUUCGCGGAUGGUCAAUUGAAAAUAUGCAGAGCAAUUCCAAGAGAAGUUCUUGGCUGGUGA